AGAAAUAACGCGGCAGAGUGUUUUAUCCCCCCGCUGGCUGUCAGAGCUGAAUGAGUUGCAUGCACCGUGAGCAAAGCGAAGGCUAACUCAGUCAAAUGUAGCUGUCCUAGCUAGCUAGCUAGCUAGUUAGUUAGCUGUCCUCGGUACACCUGUAAGAAUGUGCACCUUGCUGUGUACAUGAAAACAAGAAUACCGAGUAACGCUAAGUACCAACACGUCAAGAGCCGCUUGGAUACAGGAUGCAGCCUUACGAAGUACAUGGAAAGACUGGAGGACAUUAAAAAAAAUUACAGAUACCGUGCAGAUGAAAUAUUUAAGCGGUUAAAGGUGACGACAUUUGCACAAUUGAUACUUCAGGUAGCCUCUGUGUCAGACCUGAAUGAAUGUGAGAAUGAUGGGGACUCACACUGCCCAGACGAUGCCCUGUCUGAGAUGUCCGAUGCAGACCUGGAGAGUUUCAACGAACACACCAACGGCGCCCAACGCACAUCACCACUUUCAGAUCCCCAUGAUGCAGGUGACAAGACGGAGAUCUGCUGCUCUGCCAGGUCAACGCUGUUAGGCGUUGUCAGUGGUGUGGGAGAGCUGAGCCUCGACACGAAGAGUCAGAAGAUGGAGCAUGAUGCUGACAGGCCCUACCCCGACUGCCCCUACCUGCUGCUGGAUGUGCGUGACCGCGACCAAUACAACUGCUGUCACAUCAUCAGCGCUCACAGUUUCCCGAUCGCCUUGCUGUCUCGAACAAUGAACCCCUUCACCAAAGAAGUGCUGGAAUAUAAAAACGUAACAGGGAAGAUCAUCAUUGUGUAUGAUGAGGAUGAGAGAAUAGCCAGCCAGGCAGCCAGCACCAUGUGUCAGCGAGGAGUCGAGAAUCUGUUUAUGUUGUCUGGAGGUCUCAAGGUAGUUGCUCAGAAAUUUCCAGAGGGGUUGACGACAGGCUCCAUCCCGACCGCUUGCCUGUCGUCUCCCACAUCGUCGAAGUCGAAGAAGAGUUUUGUGCAGCAGCAGAUGCAGGCGGCUGAGAUGCAGGCGGCUGAGAUGAGGUGGCGCUUUACAUCAGACGAGCUGACCAAGAUCCAGGAGCAGCUGGAAGAGAUACUCAUCCCAAGUAACAAGAGCUGCAUAUCCAGCCGCAUGUCGACCCUCAGCUCCUACUCCAACACAUCCAGCAGCAGGAGGAGUCGACUGAGUUCCUUUGCAUCUGGAAGGAACAGCGCCAGGAUUCAAAGCAGUCGACCCUGGAAAUAACGUUCAACCACACAUACACAGAAACAAACAUACCUCCGACCAACCAAAUCAGCAGCGAAUAACUUACAAAAAAAAAAAGAAACUCACUCUUCAUCUUCACUUAUCCCCAUCACUAUGACAUUCCUAAAAGAGUUACAGUUUGAUUUCUGCAGCGUCAAACAUUAAAUGUUAACAUGAAAUGAAGGAUGUGCUUGGAAUGUCUUUAUUGCACCAGUUUGAAUGUAUGUUGAGAUAAUGGAAGAGAGAGUGAUCCAGGUUUUGCUGUACUUUUGUAAUGAGCCUCAUGAGGUCUUAUUUGAAUUUCUUAACUGACGCAGCACAAACAGCCUAUAUGUGUAACUUCUGCAUCCACUUACACACUAAUGAUACUUUGACUUUCUGUUGCAUGUCUGUGUUUAUGCGUGCACAGCACAUUGUGAACAGAUUUAAG